AUCUGAGAAGUUUUUUUAAAGGAAAUACAAGAAAAAAACAUAUAAGGUCCAAGAAACAUUUAUUUUAGAACAUAAUAACAUAACAUAGGCACAACAAUAAUGCUCCCCCUCCCUCCCUCCCUCCCACAAAAUGAGAGACUACACAAGGUCUCCUGUUAUCUCUGGCUUUCCCUGUAUACCUGCAGUUCAGGUCUCGGAGGUACCGUAAUAGCUCCAGGCUGGUGAAAAAGUUAUCGGCAGAGAUGGCUGUGGUGGUGGGGGAGGACAUGGUACUGGCCAGGACUGAGACAAUCUGGCUGGUGGCACCCAUGGCUUGUUGUUCAGGUGUCAGGGGGACACCGUGGGCCUCCAGUGUAGUCUUCCCCUGGUAUAGCACCAUGUUGUGGAUGAAUUCAUCCCCAGAGGCCCUGGCAAACAACUUAAACCCCCACUUGUCUGGCUUGGUCUUUAUAUACUGCCUCAGGUUGCCGGAUGUCUUCCCUUUGUAGGCAACCAUCACCUCAUCCACGGACUGAUGGGGGUCUGCGACUCACGCCUGAAAAUGCGGUCAAUGGUGCCAGGGAUCUCAGUGUUGUCAUUGAAAUGGACAACCCCUUUCAGCAACCUGAACCUCUUUGAGGAUUUUAGGUUGGCAACUUGAGGGACUCUUGUCCCUGUUGCCCAGUAAUCUUCAACUGCUGGGAGCUCAGCAAUCCCCAUAUACAGUACAUGAAGACGGCCGGUAAGGUCAUUAUUUCAUUCUCAUUGGUGAUGAAAGUGGUGUUGAUGUCCUUUUGAGUGGCGUAAAAGUUAAUUUGUUACGUGAUAUGCCUAAUAACUUUGGGGCAAAAGUACCUUGUGAAGUACUGAAAAGGGGUUUCAAUUUAGUCAGGGGGGGAGUGCUGGUAUUCAGGCAGGGCAGUGGUUGUCUUCCUGCGUUUGGUGGUCCUCUUGGCUUCUGGUGUUGGCUGCUCGUUGUCACCAUCAUCGUGAUAUGCAUGCACUUUCUCUUAGCAGAGAGUGUGGAAUGUCCAGGUUGUGGUUGGGUGGGACAAAGUCAGGUCUGCCACAUCAUCAUCUUCCUCCUCGUCAUCAUCACUGAUGGCAGGUUGGGCUGGCACAAUAACAUUCCCCUUUCUCUUCCAAUAGAUUAUCCGAGUAGAGAGUUGCUAAAAAUUAAACACAUGAAAUAACAUGAAACAACUGUUAUAAGGUCAUAAAACUGACAAAAUAGAUCAAAUAAAAUACCAUAUAGCUUGAACAUAAGCCAAUAACUUUUUCAGCCAUUAAAAUAGCAAGCUGUUGCAGCCUUGUGCUUCACUUUUAAGUAUCCCCUGGAAUCAGUUUCCAAUGUGUUGUGAGUGUUUGGCUGCACUUGUCAAAUGAUGAUCAAAAGAUAUUUCUUUAUUUGCAUUUGUUAUCCUUUAGCUCCACCGUAGUCUUUCUGUAUGUUUUUAUCAGGAGGCCGAUGUCAAAGAUUCACACUGCAUAGCGAGAACCUGCUCUUCAUUUUGGUAAACCUGUUUGCAGCUGGGACUGAUACUAAAAAAUAAGGAAGUGUGACAAAAAAGUGCCUGCAUAUAAUCAUUUUAGUCUUUUUUUAAAUCCCUGCCUACAAUGGUAAAGACACAUUAUAAACAUAUUUUUACUCAAGCAUUGCAUUCUAUUACCUUUUGUAUUCUCUUUAAAUGUACUUUUUAAAAUAGAAUAUGUUCACAUGAAAACUACUAAGGCUCUUCCACGUUUAAAACGUUUAUUUACUGAUCCUGCAAAGGUUAGAGCGGUGUGGUGGUUAACUGUAUGGGAAUUCAGCUGUUUUGUUUACUGCUUCACUGAAAGUCUGGGAAUGAGACUGGAUGUGUUUAGAGACAUAGGACUGGGUGUUUCACUGAGUCAGUAAGAAGCUGCAAACAUCUGUAUAUAUGGGGUAAAUAAGUGGGAGGUUCUCAGCAUUUAUACAUGGUAUACAUCAAUUCAAGCCUGACCUACUGUAUUGCAGCAACUAGAUAUAUCGCUCAAAACAUUUUUGCAUUUCCUUAUUUUUCUCACUCUUUUCUUUAAAAGUCCUGCCUGUUUUUCCCAAAUCUUGCAGUUGAAUAACUCAAUUAUGACUCCCAGUUUGAUUAGAUCUGUGAUUAGUUGGCUGGCCUAAUGUAGUGAGAGGAAUGUGAUUGGUGCAGCCUUUACAAAAGAAGGAGGUGGGAACGCUUGGUCUACAGCGCUUCCCAUAGACGGGUGAAAUAAGGUUAUGUCUGGCAGAAUCCUUCAGCAGACGGAAAGGAACGAAUGCCGGUUUGUAACGAGACAUUUAUCCCUUCAUUGAACUAAAAAAAAGAGUGCUGUAAAAAAUAUAUUCUAAAGUUAGUCAGGUACUGCAAACAGCAGGGUCAUGUUGGAGGAUCUUUUCCAGUCUUCAACUUCAGUCUUUUUGUCUUUGGCCAUUGUAUGUCUUCUUGGCUUCCACCUUAUUUACUCAAGCUUCAGCUCCAAAAACAGGAAGAGGGAGCCACCAGGGCCUACACCAUUUCCCCUGCUUGGAAAUUUACUUCAAGUGGAUCUCAAGAGACUCGACCGAUCUCUUGUUGAUCUGUCCAAAAAACAUGGACCAGUGUUCACAGUCUACUUAGGAAUGCAGAAGGUGGUGGUCCUGGCAGGAUACAAGACAGUCAAACAGGCUCUAGUCAACCAUGCUGAGGAGUUUGGAGAACGAGAUAUCAAUCAGUUAGCCUAUGAUUUAAACCAAGGACACGGGAUACUUUUUUCUAACGGUGAAGUGUGGAAAGAAAUGAGGCGUUUUGCUCUAAGCACACUAAAAGAUUUUGGGAUGGGCAGAAGGAUAACUGAAGGGAAAAUCAUUGAAGAAUGUGGCUACCUGAUUGAAGAAUUUCAACAGCAUGAAGGUAAAGCCUUUGACAACGCCCACAUGAUGAAUUACGCAGCUUCAAAUAUUAUAUCCGCUCUCAUGUUUGGAAAGAGGUUCGAAUACAGGGACCCUGAAAUCAAAGAUAUGUUGGAAAGAAACCACGAAGUCACCCGUCUGGUUGGAACGGCAUCCGUCCUGAUUUACAACGCGUUUCCUUGGCUGGGCCCUUGUCUUAAAAACUGGAGGGAUUUGAUGAAACUGGUGGAUGCCAGCAUAAAAGAAACAAAGAGCAUGAUAGCGGAACAAGAGACUCUGAACCCUGACAUGUGCCGAUGCUUUGUGGAUGCAUUCCUGACCCAUAAACAAAAUCUUGAGGAGGCUGGAGACAAAGACUCACUCUACCAUGAUGAGAACCUGGUCUACUCUGUGAUAAACCUGUUUGCAGCUGGGACUGAUACUACAGCAAAUACACUUCAGUGGUGUUUGCUUUUCAUGGCCAAGUACCCUCAGUUUCAAGACCAGGUCCAGGAGGAGCUGAGCAGAGUGAUAGGAAGUCGGCAGGUACGAGUAGAGGACCGGAAGAACCUGCCGUACACUGAUGCUAUCAUCCAUGAGACACAGAGACUGGCCAACAUUGUCCCCAUGGCCGUUCUUCACAGAACCAGCCGAGACUCCACCUUCCAGGGAUACUUCAUCAAAGAGAGGACUAUAGUGCUUCCUCUUCUUACUUCUGUCCUGCAUGAUGAGAGUGAAUGGGAAACCCCAAACACUUUCAACCCUUCCCACUUCCUGGAUAAAGAGGGUAAAUUUACCAGGAGAGACGCUUUCAUGCCAUUUUCUGCAGGUCGCAGAAUGUGUCCUGGAGAGAGUCUGGCUAGAAUGGAGCUGUUCCUGUUCUUCACCUCCCUCCUCCAGCGCUUUCGUUUCACUCCUGCACCCGGAGUCACAGAGGAUGAACUGGAUCUCAAUCCAGUUGUGGGCUUCAUUCUGACACCUUCACCUCAUGAGCUGUGUGCUGUCAGUCGUCAAUGAGGGAGAGUUUUCAUUCAUUUUACGCAUAGACUUCUGCAACUCCCUCCUCUACAGCUCAUUCAGAAUGCAGCAGCCUAACUAGUCUUCAAACUCCCAGUUCUCCCACACUUCACCACUCCUCAUGCUCUCUUCACUUUACUGUUCUACACUGCUGGGAAUGGAUCAGGCCCUUCUCUCAUCCAUGACAUGGUUUAACCGUAUACUCCAGCAUGAGCACUUUGCUCUACAUCGGCCAAUCUGCUCUCAAUUGGUAUCCAGGUACCACUCUACUAAAAAAAUGCUCGCUUGCUAACCUGUUUUCCAGAAUGGUGAAAAAAGCUCCCCAUUGAUAAUUACCUUAUCCAAUGUAAAAAACAAACCAAAAAAACAAACACCUUUUGCAUCUGCAGCACUUAAAAGCGUGUGGCUUAUUUGAAGACAAUGUCUUGGCUAAUUAACAGCUAUUGUACUUGCUAAAGUCUUGCUACUUUGAGUUUGUUUUUUAUACAUGUUUGAUAGCACUUAUUGUAGGUGGCUUUGGAUGAAAGUGUCAGCUAAAUUAUAUGUACUAUGAUUUAAAAGAUUAAUUCCCGCUCUAUUAAUAUAUAACUUUGCCUUGCUUUCUGCUGUACACAUUUGUAUGUACAAUAUAUUAAAUAGCUUCUCAGACAAUGCCUCACACACUUAUAUGGGAGAGUGGUUUGUAUUUUAAUCAUGACUUUAUUUUUUAAAUUUCAUAUAUGUAUGAAAACUAACAGUCAGUAAUGCUCGUCGAUAUUAUACUAAAGAAAUAGAUAGAAAAAAGUGACAAAGAUAGUGCCUGCAUAUACAGCUCUGGCAAAAAUUAAGAGACCACUGCAGCAUUAUCACUUUCUCUGGUUUUACUAUUUAUACUAGGUUUGUGUUUAAGUCAAAUUAACAUUUUUUAAAAUGUCAUUCUAUAAACUAUUGACAUCAUUUAUCUGAGUUGGAAUUCAUCAGCCUCUGGAAUGGAAUGACUGCCAUUCAUAUAAAGAUUGCGAUUUAAGAAAAGAAAAGGAGUGGAUUCUUAAUUUUUUCCAGAGCUGUAUAUCAAUCAAUCAUUUUUUCCAUUGCCUAUUGUAAAGACAAAUCAUAAACAUAUUGUUACUAAAGCACUGCAUUAUAUUGCUGUUGUAUUCUCUUAAAAUGUAUUAUUUUAAAUAAAAUAAUACAUUUUAGGCUACAGUUUAUAUUCAUUAUACAAAACAUGUGUAUAUUAAAGGUCUAUGUAAAAGCACAUCCAAGCCCUUAUGGUCCCAAAACACUGUGGCAUCUGUAAGCUACUAAGGUCCUUCAACCUUGAUAAUACUGAUUUGCUGGUCCUGUGAAGAGAGGUUAGAGUUCAUCACUGGCUGUGUGGAAACACUGCAGUCCUGGAGAGUCCUUGUUGAACAGCUGUUUUGAAAAUCAGCUGUUUUAUUUACUUCACCACUGAAAGUCUGAGAAUGUGACUGGCUGUAUGGAGAGACAUAGGACUGUGUGUAAGGAGGCAUAAGUGUUUGACUGGUUGGGUAUGAAGUAGCAUACGCUUGUGUAUGAGGGGGAGUGUGGGUAAGUGGGAGGUUCUCAGCAUUGCUACAUGGUGGAAAGCCAUUCAUGCUUGAAGGACUCAAUCCUGGCAGUUUAAAGGCCUCUACAUUUUCUAAACUCUCUAAAGAGUUAUAGUUUGGCUGGGUUUGGUUGCACUGAGUGUAUGUGCCUUGACUGAAGUUGAAGGUGUCUUGGCUGAAGGAGGUAGAUGCAGAAGCAGUUGGCAAACCAGAGGGUGAUGGAGUUUUGUUGUGCUGCUGCUGAACAACACUACAACGUCCUAGUUUGGUGGCCAGGCACUGUAGAGUGCUGAGGAUCUGCUUCUGAAUGUGUGUCUGCUGCACCUGCUCCCUCUCAAGGCAGCACUGCUGCUCCACCAGCAUCUUCACUGACAGACCCAAACUGCGCACCUCUGAACCCAGGGUCUGAAUCUGAUCCUGAAGACCACCUCUCCCUCCAGUGUCCUGGACUGCUUGUUGAGGGCUUGGGUUCCCCUCACUACGAGUUCCGCCCUGGCCUCCUGGGGUUUGUAGACGAAUAAUGGCAACCCCAGGAGCCACAGAUGUUGAAGGUGCUGUUGAGCAAUUAGGAAGACGAAUGCCAACCCGAGGGAGAGGGGGAAGGGAACGCACAUGCAGACCUGGUCUUUGAGUGGGAAAACGCCUGGUGGUGCUAGACUGCCCUUCCAUAACAGUCUGUGUACGUGACAAAAAAAAAACUUGAAUUAAUUAUCAUCUGAUUAACAUAAAAACACAAGGAUACUUCCACAAUCUAUAGUCCGUUUGGCUAGUCCAAAUUGGAGUGAAGUUGACACGGUUUUUACGGCCUUUUAUGGUUUAACACUGCACACUUUUAAGAAUGUCAAAUAAAAAUGUUGGAAGAAGCAGGGUGUUAACUAUGUUCACAACUGACCAAACAAACCCCACCAGAGUUUCAUUAAAACAGAAUAAAUGUUGGCUUGUUAAAGAGCUUUUUAAUGGUUCAGACCCCUAAAUCAUGUGAGGAUACAUCCACUGGUAUACGCAAAUAAUGUAUUAUUCAAACAAAAACUUAUAUUUUAAAUGUACCUUUGUCCAAAAAGUGACUGAAGUCUGAUAUUGACAAAGUCCUGGCACUCAAUAUAGGUUGAGAUUAGGUUUGCUCAUUUCUCACCUUUUCAGUGGUCAGAUCACACGUUUCGGACAGUUGUGUUAUUGAACUUCUCAAAUUAGCAGCUUGGACACUGGAGGGAUCUCUCCUCAACAAAGACGCUACCUGAGGGAAAGACUGUUGAAAACAAUUUAUGCAGGUUAUGACUAACAGAUAUUGAAAAAAUGAUGUAGGUUAUGUAGGUACCUUCACCCUGUGUGCCAGCGCUUUAUCCAAAAGCCUCCUUCGAGCUACCAGCAUUGAAUUUGUGGCUGGAGAAGCUGUAACUCUCCUCCUCAUCAAUGCUGCAGAAGCUGUUAGUGUGGAAGACCCAGCACCAGUCUCUGCUCUUGUUACAAUGGACUGAGGAACUGUUUGAUGGCUGCUCUGUGCAAGGGAGGUGACACUUACAAUCUGGAUGUCAUUUUCUUCCUUAUCUCCCUCCUGUUGAAUUUCUGGCCUGCUGCCUCCACUUGUCACCCCAGACCCAGAUGGCUUUGCACCAAAAUCUGGAUUUGUGGAAAUCUGUUUGGCAAAAUUUGAAGCAGCUGCAAAGCCAGCAUGGUGAGAUGCAUCCCGCAGAAGAUUUUGGAUUCGAAUGUUACUCCAGCCCUCUUGUAUUGCCCCGGGUUGAUGCUGCAUCUGUGCGGGUGAUGUGCUUCCUCCAGCCUCCAUAGGUCUAACCCUCCCUGGUGGCCUCCCUUGGAAUUCCCUUAGGAACAGGUAGAUUGCCUGGGCAGAUACCUUGAUGUUCUCCAGCUCCAACACGGCUUUGAUCUUGCGGAAACUCAGACCAGCCUUUCGCAGCUCCACCACUUUGUGUUUAGCGGCAUCAUCCAACCGGCCCAUGGUCUCUCACUCCAGUAAGGCUGUUAAGCUUUAAAAGAUGUAUAACAUAUCAUUUAAAAAAAAUUUUUUAAUAGCAUUUGGUGAAUUAUUUCUGCUGUGAAAUGAAUGUAAAACAUGACAGAAUGUGUGAAUAUAGGUGCUGUAUCUGAGGACAUUUUCUACUGUGUAAAAUACCAGUUACUUAUUGCAGAAGGAUAUAGCUGCUUCCACUACAUAACAUUUUGUUCAGUUUCCUACGCCAACCCUAAUAUUAAACAAUAAUUCGUUA